AGAAGCUAAAAAAAGUUUGGCAGAAUCACUGGCGCGUUCAAAAGCCGAUGCCUUACACGAUUCUGUAUAUUAUAAUUCUAUCGCGGUUACAACAACGUACAAUUUAGCACGACUGAAUGAAGCUUUGUGUGUCUUCGACAAAGCGGAGAAGUUGUAUAAAGACAUUUUAAAAGAGCAUCCGAAUUAUAUAGAUUGUUACUUACGUCCUGGUUGCAUGGCGCGGGACAAAGGACAGAUUUAUGAAGCAUCCGAUUGGUUCAAAGACGCUUUGAGAAUCAACAAUGAACAUCCGGAUGCUUGGUCACUUUUAGGAAAUUUGCAUUUGGCUAAGAUGGAAUGGGGUCCUGGUCAAAAGAAAUUCGAAAGAAUCCUGAAAAAUCCUACAACCAGUACAGAUGCUUAUUCACUGAUCGCCUUGGGCAAUAUUUGGUUACAAACUCUACAUCAAAGUGGGAAGGACAAGGAUCGGGAGAAACGCUACCAAGAUAGAGCAUUGGCUAUGUAUAAACAGGUUUUACGAAAUGAUCCUAAAAAUAUUUGGGCGGCGUGUAGAUCUCAAGAUCUCAAGUUUCAUAAACUAGUUCACAAAAAUCAGAGUAUAACAAAUUUCGUUAUAUCAAAUUAUUUUCACAACAUGGAUUGACUGAUUUGAAUUCUUGGAAGAUUCGAACAAGAUCGAGAAAUCGCUCAACUGU